AUGGACGCCUUAGCAGCCAAAGCCCACGUGGGCAAGAUGAUCGACAUCCUCGAAGGCGAUAUGACAUGGGGCACCAUGGGAACACCACAGAAGGUCGCAACAGCCGUCAUUUCCGAGGUCAACGGAUCGUACGAACGGCCCCAGUGGCCCAAAAUAUCCCUAGAGGCGGUCCAGAAUAUGCUGCCACUGUACCGAUUUUGGGCGGAACCUCUGGUCCGUCAAGCCGUCCGGCACUAUUGGAUCCUCAAGAGCGUAUCAAGAGGAGUCUGGUAA